AUGCAGUUCUUGGCAGAAGAAGUGGAAGGUGUAGUUGCAGCACAAAGAGUUAAAGGACAUUGGCCUCAAUAUUGUGAAACUGUUACAGACUAUGAUACUCGUGUUCAGAAACUUAAAACUUCAAAUCGCUGCUUUCUGUGUACUAACCGUGGUCAUAGAGUUUCAAACUGCCCAAGAAAAAAUACUGCACGGUGCACUAAAUGCAAGAAAAGGCAUCAUGUUUCUAUUUGUCCUCCUGUUGAAAACAAUCAACUGCGGAUAACUAACAGUGCUGUAAAUCACAUAACCUUUCCUAAAACAAUUUUCACACAUUUGCAAACUGCUCGUGUGUAUGUUACUGGCCCCACAGGCAUUACUAAAUUAACACGUUGCAUUUUAGAUGGUGGUAGCCAAGCAAGUUUUGUUCACACAAACCUCAUUGAAAAACUGAAGCUUAAAGUUGUCAGUUCUGCCUCACUUUCAGUUCAAGCAUUUGAAUCUUUUACUUCACAAGAACAACGUAGAUGUGUUCAACUGUCACUUUCAAGUUUGUGGAGCAACCAAGCAGCAUUUUUGAUCUCCGCAUUUGAAAGCUCCAAUUCCUAUACUACACAUCCUACUGCUCCACCAGAAAUAGUUCACUUUGCUCAGAAGAAAAGAUUGAGAAUUGCUGAUCCUCCGGAUGACUCUUCACUGCCCAUAGAAAUACUUAUUGGUGGUGAUCAUUAUUGGCAAAUUGUUUCCACAGAAGCUCCAAUCAAGCUUUCAGAAUCUUUUGUUAUGGUACCGUCAGUGUUUGGAUGGGUUCUUAGUGGAACAAGAACACAUACUACAAUCGCUGAGAAGACUUCUGUCCAUCAAGUUUGUGUGCAAGUUAAAACUGAUUGUUUAAAUGAUCAGGUACGUCGCUUCUGGGAAUUAGACUCCAUAGGGAUACAAGAUGCGCAGAAACGAAAAAUGACUACUCGAGAUGAAGAAAUUUUAUCAGAAUUUCACAAAACUUACAACACUGAAGACAAUCGAAGAAUUGUGUCUCUGCCUAGAAAACCAUUGGUCACACCUUUGCCUACAAACAAAAUUAUAGCGGAAAACAGAUUUCAUUCUCUUCAAAAAAUGCAUCUAGUGCAUCUAGUGAUGUGUUAA